AUGAAGAAGCAUAUUGAUCUGCAGACGUUCGACCAUGAGAUUCUGCGGCAAAGGGGAAGAGGCUCCAUAUCAGAAGGGAAAGGCCCUAAAUUCGAUCGCGACAAGUAUGAGUUGGCGAGGGUGGGAAAGGAGCAAGUGCUGAAGCGCCGCUUCGGACUGGUGUCAAUGACUGGACUCUCGUGUGGAUUGAUGUGUACUUGGGAGACCUUGCUUGUCAUCUUCUCUAUAGGCUUCGUGAAUGGCGGCCCUGCUGGUCUCAUCUACGGUUUCAUACUUAUAUGGCUGGGUAACUUCUCCGUCUUCGUCUGUAUCGGCGAGCUUGCCAGUGCAGUUCCAACUGCUGGUGGACAAUACCAUUGGGUUUCCUUGUUGGCGCCACGGUCGAACAAGAAGUUUUUCAGCUAUCUGACUGGCUGGCUCACUGUAGUUGGUUGGAUAGCAGCUCUUACUUCCGUUUGUUACUUCGUUGCCGACCUGAUUCUCCAACUGGUCAGUCUGAAUGAUCUUGACAGAACCUAUACUCGAGAAGGAUGGCACGGCACUCUUCUCCUUUGGGCCAUACUACUGUUAUGUGUCUUCAUCAAUGUCUUCAUAAGUGGAGCGCUUCCUACCAUCGAAGUCGUUGUAUUGAUCGUCCACGUUCUUGGCUUCUUCGGCAUUCUAGUGCCACUGGUAUAUCUGACCCCCAUCCACAACUCUGCCAAGCAGAUUUUUACGACAUUUCACAACGAAGGUGCUUGGAACACACAAACUCUAGCCUUCUUUGUCGGGCUUCAAGGUAAUGCUUUAGCAUUUGUUGGAACGGAUUCAGUUGUUCACAUGUCUGAAGAGGUCAAGAACGCCAGUACCGACGUCCCUCGCUCGAUGCUUCUCAGUCUUGUCAUAAACGGUACAUUAGCACUAGGCAUGCUUUUCGCUGUUCUCUUCAACGCACACGAUAUCCCAGCGUUGCUUGGCGAUCAAAAUGCCGCGACCGCGCCCUUCCUCCGCAUCUUCAAAGACGCUGUCGGAUCCGAGGCUGGUGCUACUGUCAUGGUUGCCAUCAUCGUUCUUCUCGAAUUUUGUAGCGCAAUGGGAUGUUUAGCCGCUGCAUCUCGUAUGACUUGGUCUUUUGCUCGAGACCGUGGUCUUCCUUUCUCGCGUGCUCUCAGUGUGAUUGACAAGCGCAGCACAAUUCCCAUAGUCUCCAUCCUAGUCGUCACGGUAUCAGCCGCCCUCCUCGCUCUGAUCAAUAUCGGCAAUAGCGCUGCUUUUAACGGGACGAUAUCCCUCGUCUUGGAAGGUUUCUACCUCUCCUACCUUCUCGCAAUCGGUCUUCUCCUCUGGCGCCGGCUCCGUGGGGACCUCGAGAAUCCUGAUUCUUCGCUUACCAUUUUCAAUGAAACUCAAAUCAACGAAGCUUACGAUGGCAGCCUGACCUGGGGUCCUUGGCGUCUAGCAGGGGCGUGGGGUGUGGCCAACAACGUCGUCGCCAUUUGCUAUCUCACCUUGAUCAUCUUCUUCAGUUUCUGGCCAAGCGAGGUCAGUCCCGAUCUUGUGCAUAUGAACUGGGCAGGUGUCGUGACCGGGUCGGUUGCCUUGUUCAGUGUGGCGUACUAUCUUCUCUUCGCAAAGAAGUCGUACAUUGGACCAAUUGUGGAAGUGAGUCCACAUGCCUUGUAA